AUAAUUUCCGGUUCCGGUUGUCAGGUUGGUCGGACAUGGAGCAAGAUAUGAGACCGAAUGAGUGUGUUGGUGUUAGGUUUCAUGUAGUCUUGUGUUAUAUUUGAUUUGUUUAAUUAUUUUCUCAUGUUGAAGGGCAACGAAGCGGAACAGAAAUUUUAAAUGACAGAAAAUGACAAUGCGAAAUUGUGUGUUAAACAACAUAGCUAAUAAUCGAUAAUUGACUAGCCAGCUAGCUUAACAUUUGUUAACGAGCCUGGUAGGCAGCUGGCUAGCGAGUUAGCCAAGGGUGUUAUGAGGUUACAUAUUUUGGGACAGGAAGACAUCGUUUUGCUGCCUGACUAACCAACCUGUCAUCGGCAGUUUCAUGUCCAUCAAGACGGUGCCAGUCUCCGUCUGUCAGAUUCAUUAUUUUAGAGGCUAGCUUUAACGUUAGCUCACAUUGGGCCUUUGGUGUUACCACCACUAACUUGAGGAAUUUUCACAACAUCAAUGGAGAAAGAAGAAGCUGAAAGAUUAGUAGAGAAAGCCAAGCUAUGCUUGCGAUCUGGACGGAGAGAUAAAGCACUUCAACUGUUAUAUGAAGCCCAGAAGACAUACCCCACGACCAGAGCCAGAGUCCUAAUUGAUGCCAUUGUGGGGGAGGGUGACACGAACGGUCCUGAAGCAGAGCGCACAUACACCCCACCACCUGGAUGGAGGGCAUCUGAAGCCAACCCACAACAGGAGGACUUCACUCAGGGCAGGAGGGAGGGGACCAGUGAUGACAGCAAGACUUUCACGGAAGAGCAGCGCCAAGGAGUGCUCAGAAUAAAGAGAUGUAAAAACUUCUAUGAGAUCUUGGGCGUGUCAAAAGAGGCCUCCGAUGAAGACCUGAAGAAGGCGUAUCGGAAGCUGGCUCUGCGCUACCACCCAGACAAGAACUGUGCCCCUGGGGCCACAGACGCUUUCAAAGCCAUUGGGAAUGCAUAUGCUGUGCUGAGCAACCCUGAGAAGAAGCAGCAGUAUGACCAGUAUGGAGAACAAGGCCCGGUCGAUGCCACCAGCCAGCCCACCGCUCACGCCCGUCACGGCCACUACCGCUCCUUCCACAGGGACUUCGAGGCGGACAUAUCCCCUGAGGAGCUCUUCAACAUGUUCUUCGGAGGGAGGUUUCCAACAGGCAAUAUCCAUGUGUACACCAACAGAGGAGCCUCUUACGCCCAGUUCUACCAGCAGCCACGGCGACGCAGAGCGUAUGAGAGGCGUGAGGAGGGGGUGGAGGAGAACCAAAGUCAGAACACUUUUACAGCUUUUCUACAGCUUCUUCCCGUACUGGUGCUGAUCCUGAUUUCCGUGGUUACCCAGAUGAUGGCCACCAACCCUCCAUACAGUCUCUUCUAUAAACCGUCCAUGGGCUUGGUGGUGUCACGGGAGACCCAAAAUAUGGGUGUACCCUACUACGUGGAUAAAGGCUUUCAGAAGGAGUAUCGUGGGCAUUCGCUGGAUGAACUGGAGAAGACUAUAGAGAGUGACUACAUAGACCACCUUCAAAGCAGCUGCUGGAAAGAAAAACAACAAAAAUCGGACUUGGCCAACCUUGGGCAGCUGUACCGCGACGAUCGACUGAAGCAGAAGGCGGAGACCAUGAAGCUGGAGCAUUGUGAUAAGCUGCACCGCUUCGUGGGUCGCCACCGAGGAGAAUGAGGCUGCAGCUUCCCCCUCAGCACCACCCCAGAAUAAUCCGUCCCGUUUAUUUAUUUAUUUUUUCCUGUCGUUUCUGCUUCUUCUUCUUCUUUUUUUUUUUCCUUCUUGAAUUUUUUUCCUCUGCGCGGGUCCUUUUUUGUAGAGCGCAUGCACGGCGACAGCAGUAGUAUAUGGGAGAGCAGAAACGUCGUGCCUUCUGCUCUUCCACGGGAGGACAGCGCAGUGCACAGACACACAGCCUCUUACCCAGCGAGUAGUCCAACCUGCCUGGCUAACACUGCAGAGGACUCGGCCUCUGUACGGGGCUGUGAUUUAGUGCUAGUGAUAAUAUUGGCCGUUAAUUUCCUUACAUUAAGGAAUUCAGGCUUACUGACCCUCGGAUGUCUGCUUUCUGUUCAUCACAGUUCUGUCUUUUAGGUUAGGUUAUGUGCCAGAGUGCUUUUAGUAUUAUUUUUAAUAGCAGAGGUUUUAAACGUAUUUAUUUAAUUAUAAUUUAAUUAACUUUUUUCCUGUGCUGUGAAUUCAGUUAUUUAGUAUGGUCAAACACGUGUAUGACCGUCUAGCAUAGCAAAUACAGAUUACUUUAAUAUAGCUCAGAGGCAUACAUAAAGCCAGAACCGCUGAAAUACAGUGAGUAGCAAAGAUCUCGGUGAGAUAGUAACUAAUGGUCUACUAAAUGCGAAAGACAAAUUUGAACAUAUUCUAGAGAUGGUACAUUGACCCAAGAGCUUAACUCUCUUUUUACUCCCAUGAGACGAAAGCUUUUGUUUAUGGUUAUUGUGCGAUGAGUACUUUGCCAAAAAGUCUGAUACCUCACAUAUUAUUAUUAUUAUUGUUGUUGUUGUUUGUAAACUAUUUCUCUGUUCGUUCUCCGAUACUUCCACACCACUUUAACUCUUCUGUUAGUGAUGCAUGCAGCCAUUGGGAUCCCCCAUGUCCUGUUUGCUUGAUGACAUCCAGGGCUCAGUUGCAGUGAGCUCCACACAUUUAAUGAGAAAAACACACACCUGUCACCACCUCCCCCCUCCCCAUUACUGAAAUGACUGUUAGCGGUCACCUGUUCUGACCUCUUCGUGUCUGGACCUCCUGUUCUUGGCCUGUCUGUAAAACUGUCACGUUUUUUUUUUGUUAUUAAUCUGAACUCAAAACACUGAUAUAGCACAAACAGGCAUGAAGUCCACUUCAUAGUUGGACCUGGCACUAACUGAGUAAGAUGCCAGCUUACAAUAAAUACCCCCCACCCCACCCCACCCCACCCCACCCGCCCCUUCCUGCUCAGCUACCAAACCAGCAUUUGAUUUGGUCUGCGCUGGGCAAGAUUUUGUUUAAUAAGGUUUAAUAAAACGUUACUCGAUCUCUUAACGAU